AUGGAGAUGAAGGCCAGGGUGGCCGGCGGCACGGCGUCACCUAUGGAGAAGAAGAGGUCGGAGAGGGAGAGGAGGCAGCGCAUGAAGGCGCUCUGCGAGAAGCUCGCGUCCCUCAUCCCAAAAGAACACUUCCCCCACGCUGAUACAUUGAGCCAGCUAGGCAGCCUGGAUGUGGCGGCAUCAUACAUCAAAAAGCUCAAGGAAAGGGUCGAUGAUCUACAACACAAGAAGGCCUCUGCACAAGCCAUGGCUACCUUACUGGGAGUUAGUGGCAUCUCGACGCCCACUAUCACUGCUACCACGAGCAGCGGUGCAGGGUCACCAGAAGGAGGAAAAAAAUUGGAGGCAGCACCACGGGUAGUGGAGGUGCGGCAAUACGACGAUGCAAGCAUGGAGGUGAGGCUGAUAUGCAGCAUGGAGAGGCCUAUCAAGCUCCAUGAGGUGAUCACCAUUCUUGAGGAAGAAGGGGCCGUCAUCAUUAACGCUAAUCACUUUGUUGCUGUCGACAGAAUAUUCUACACUAUACACUCCCGGGCCUUCAGCACCAGAAUUGGCAUAGACGUUUCAAGAAUUUCCGAACGAAUGGGGGCAUUGGUGUGGUAGUAAGUCGAUUUGUGUAAGAAAAAACACUCAACCGUAUAAAUAAACAUCCCACGAAUGGUACAUGAUGUCUGCUCAUUAACGACUAUGAUUAGGGAUGAAAACACCUUAGCGUUGAACUCACAACAU